AUGCGCAGAUUCGCCAAGGAUGUGUUUGAUGUUGAGAGCUGGAUACUUCAGAUAAGCCCUGUGCUUUCCGAUGUGGAGAGUUCAGAUGAAGUCCCGUUGCCACUCGUGGGGACCAGGGCGCUCAAGUUGCUCUUGGCACACUGCGCAGAACAGCGGGCACGAACGCGUUGGACGCUCAGCAGGAAGCUUCCAACCGCAGAUUUGGAAGAAUUGCAUGGGGCAGCGCACGUUUUGGCCCUUGAUCAUUUGGCCGGCCUUUGUGCUACCAAGCUGGCCGAUUGCAUUCUUCAAUGCGAGAAAUUCGAGGGAAGGCCAGCACCCAUUGGCCUGGCGACAAAGUUUCGCGUGCUUCGCUCUCACGCUGCGCGCCUGGUGCCACAGGCACUGGCCGCAGUGGUGCGAUCGGUUUCAUCAGGAGGGCUGGACGCAUUGGAAGUUGUUUCCAGGCAUUCUUCCCACAGCUCUGCGGACGUGCGUCUUGCUGUCGCUCGAGCAAUGAGUUCAGCACCCCCGGGGCAUCCGGUCGCUGACUGGCUGCCGAGACGCUUGCGCUGCGAAGAUGUGGAACUUGUGCAGAUAGAGCUGCUAUCAUCGAUUGCAAAGGCUCUUCCGCCGAUGAACGCAUCACUGGUUGUGCCCUUCCUGGCGCCGAAUCGGACGGUAGACAUACGCUGCACCGCAAUAAUAACUUUAAAGGCAUUGGCUUCAGCCGCGGGCGCUCCCCAUGCAGGAGUGCUGGCAGCACUCGUUGGAGCAGCCCCACUUUACACGAGACAGGGCAUUUCUGAUUCGAGCCCUAAGGUUCGACUUUUAGCCUUGGAGGUAUUUGAACAACUAAACAGCAAGGCUCUCCGAAUCAUCAAAGCUGUUGGGGGCCGAUUGCAGGAUGAGGACGACGUGGUCAGAGAAGCUGCAGUAAACACCUUGCUGGUCUUAUCAGCUGAAGGCAAAGAGGACGAGGUGAGCACAGCAAUCCAUUCAGCAUUAGAAGCUUUGAGGCAUCCUGCUUCUGCUAUCAGAAGUUGUGCAAUACGCGUUCUUUGCCAAAUUGGGCGGGGCAACUCUGUGGCAAUGUCUGGCCUUGCGGCCUACCUCAGUGUCCCAGGUGUCCAAAGCACAGCCUGUUUUGCUUUGCUUAAAGUUGCGGGUGCAAGAGAGGCGAUCAAAGUGGCAUUGUCAUGUCUCGAAAGCGGAUCGCAAAAAUAUCGCGAUGCUGCGCCCCAUUGUUUGCAAGUCAUGGCGGGCCAAGUGCCGGGCCAGUGGAUGGUGAGAUGCAUAAGCGCGCUUCUUCCCAGGUAUUUGUCUCACAAG